UACCGAUUCAGAAACCGUUACAAUUACUCCUGUCGUUGUUAUCUCUGACUUAGAGAUGGCUGCAGAGCAUGCAUGCAGCCGUCUGUAUUUAGGAUAGGUAAUCGGUGGCAGUAUGUGCUUGUGGUUAGUAAUGAGAGUAACAUGAUCGGUAUUUAUUGGUCUGAAAUGUGGUAAAUAGUGUGGCACUGUGGCACUGUUUCCGGUGGUUCUAAAAUGGCAGCGGUUGUAGCAGAAAGUAGGGUGUGUGAAACUCCUGGUUGUAAUUCUGCUGCGAAAUUGCAGUGCCCAACAUGUAUAAAAUUGGGAAUUCAAGGCUCAUAUUUUUGUUCCCAGGAUUGUUUCAAGGGAAACUGGAAGUCACAUAAGGUUCUGCAUAAAAUAGCGAAAGGUGAGGGUGUUAACGGAAAAGAUGAGAAGGAAGAUUAUGAUCCAUGGCCACAUUAUAGAUUUACAGGCAAACUACGACCAUUUUCACAAGGCCCUCGGCGCACUGUGCCAGCACACAUUCUUCGGCCUGAUUAUGCAGAUCAUCCUGAGGGGGUUCCUGUCUCGGAGCAAGCUGUGCGGGGUAGUGCACAGAUCAAAUGUUUGACAGAUGAGGAAGAGGAGGGUAUGCGGGUGGCUUGCAAGUUAGGACGUGAAGUCCUAGAUGAAGCUGCUCAUCUGAUUGAAGUAGGCGUAACUGCAGAUGAGAUAGAUCGCGUAGUGCAUGAAGCCUGCGUGGACAGGGAGUGCUAUCCCUCACCUCUCAACUACUAUGAAUUUCCCCGUUCGUGUUGUACCUCUGUAAAUGAAGUUAUCUGCCAUGGAAUUCCUGAUCUCCGUCCUCUCAAAGAUGGAGACAUUUGUAAUGUUGAUGUAACUGUUUACCAUAGGGGUUUCCAUGGCGACUUGAAUGAGACAUUUCUUAUAGGAAAUGUGAGUGCAGAAGCAAAGAAACUAGUUCGUGUUACAUCUGAAUGUUUGAUGAAAGCCAUCAGCAUAGUGCAUCCAGGAGAAAAAUACAGAGAGAUUGGAAAUGUGAUCCAGAAGCAUGCACAGAGCCAUGGAUUUUCUGUGGUACGCAGUUAUUGUGGACACGGGAUCCACCGUCUUUUUCACACAGCACCCAGCAUACCUCACUAUGCCAAAAACAAAGCUGUGGGUGUAAUGAAGCCAGGCCAUUGCUUCACAAUAGAACCUAUGAUCUCACAAGGCAGUUGGCGAGAUGAAAUGUGGCCAGACAAAUGGACUGCUGUUACAGUGGAUGGUAUGAUGUCAGCUCAGUUUGAACAUACACUACUAGUGACAGAGAAUGGCUGUGAUAUUUUGACUUCUCGCCUGGAGAAGAAUGGACAGUUUCACUUCCUGGACAAGUUGUAAUGAAUAGCAGCUCAACUAGUGUGAUAUGUUUUCUGAUGCAGGCCUGGGAAACAUUGUUAUUGCUGAUGCCUUUUCACUGGAGUCACCAAAUUUUCUCUGAUGUUGCUGUGAACAUAUACAAAUAGUAUAGGGGUUGUGAUCAGGGUUCUUAUCCUAUGUUGAGGUGCCAAUGUACGUUAAUGUGCCACUCUUUAAUUGUUCCGGUGUUGUAAAUGAACAACAGCUGGCUGAACUUAUUGGUUAUUGAUGCUGGUUUGUUCACCCUGACCAUUUAUAAAAAGAUAUGAAAAAUAAGAAGGGCAGCAACAGAAAGAGUGAUCCAUUUUUUAUAAUUGUGUAUGACAGAUGGCGUGUACAUGCACUAUCGCUUGUUGUACAUACGGCAUUAGAAUGAAUGCAAGGCAGUGCCUAAUACAUAUAUGGACUAACACAGUGUAUGUGCUUGAACUGACAUAAGGAUUAAGAAUCUGGCUAAUGGAGUAUUGUUGACACCCUGAAAUUAUUAUUUUCCAAAAUAAUUUUUUUACAUUUCAGUGUUUGGUACAUGUGCAAUGUAGAAAAGCUGCAGUAAUUCAUUGUUUAACACUGGAGUUAGAUUGUUGAAAUUUAUUGUGGAUAUCAAAAGAGUGUUGUGCAACGGUCUGGUUUUAUUGGGAAUAAGGCACAGGAAGAACCGGCCUCUAAAUAUAUGUAUGCAGAAGUUGAAGGUUCAGAAUGAACAAGUAAAUUAUAUACAAGGAAUGACUUUUGUUUAUACCCAUUAUACAUAUAGAGAAACAUCAGAAAUUGCUGUAACAUGGUAAUAAUAAAGAAAGUACGUACUGCUGCCGUAA